AUGGAUACCCGUCAGGAAAAGAUCAUCAGGCAGACCGACUUGGAUGCGCUAUCGCUGCGCCACAGCGCCAACAAAAAUGGCUACUUUGACCCUGCUGACCCUUACAUCGACGACCUUAUCGCGCUGUACCAGAACUAUCUCCACUAUACUGGGGGGUACACGUCGAUGCUGGCGUCACGAACGGUACGUCUGGCGUUCGCUGAACGUAAAUUACCCAUUAUCAAUAGGGGGACUUACUUGAGAACUAAAGCGAUCGAUCUCGCUAUCGAGCGGUUUCUUGAUCAAUAUGAGGGCAAACCAACACAAAUUGUGCUGUUAGGAGGAGGAUCUGAUACUAGAGUGUUUGGUUUACUUGAGAAGUACCCUGAUUUGGUGUACCACGAGCUUGACUUCCCUGAUCUGACAAAAGUGAAAAAGCUCGCGAUUGAAGCUAAUCCUCGGCUUGCCAAAGCAGUGGGAAUUGACCCGGGAUACACCCCGACACUGGUGAAUAAUCGGGCUGAAUGGGAAGCGGUUGAAGGCGAUAUCCACACAUCCAAGUACCAUCUCGUGGGGUUUGAUUUGCGUAACUUGACUACCGGUAUCCCUUACCCUCAUCUCGAUUCUGAAUUGCCGACAUUGAUCAUUUCCGAAUGUGUCCUCUGUUAUGUUAGCCCUGAACAGGCAGAGCUGAUUCUUAAGUACUGGAUGGCCGCGGCUAAAGAUUCCUAUUUCAUCAUCUACGAGCCCAUCCUGUUGGGCGAUGCCUUUGGUGCCACCAUGGCCAAAAAUCUCGCUACUCGAGGCAUCAAUUUGAUGCUGUUUGAAGCGUAUCCCACCAUUGAUCUGCGACGUCAAUGGCUUGAGAAAUGCGGCAUGACUGAGGUUGCCGUCGACGAUAUAGCCACUGUUGGUGGCUAUACAGGUUUCCUGUGGAUCUCCAACGCCGAGCUUGCUCGGAUAAACCGAUUAGAACUCGUGGAUGAAGUGGAGGAGAUCGUCAUGUUAUAUAAGCACUACGUUGUGUGCUACGGCGAGCACCACCGAUAG